AUGAAAAUGACAUACGGUUUCGUGGUCGUCGGCGGGGGUUUAACGGGUGUUCUCAGUUUCAGCUCUUUAGCGCUCGCCAUUGGGACUGAAUACUGGUACAUCAUCGAGGACAAACGCGCCAACCUCACCGACCCGGCGCGCACUAACUCUGGACUUUGGGGAGUAACAGAUGAUGUCCAAAGUCAUACAGAGGACACUGGAUAUUCAGAAUCAGAAAGGCAGAUGGAAAUCAUGCAUCGCGUGAUUGCCAUCUUACUGCCCUUGAGUCUGGUGAUGCUGGUGUUUGGAGGUAUCUGUGGUCUCGUCAGUUCCCUCGCAAGAAGCCAGACACUCCUGAUCGGAUCCGCUUCAUAUUUCCUCCUGUGCAGUCUUCUCACUCUCUCUGGGGUGAGUCUGUACAUCAGGUACUCUCAGAAGGCUCUGGAAGAAACUGAAAGGCGGAUGGGCCGUGAGCAAAUGGCUCAAGUGCACACAUCAUUCGGCUGGUCUAUGGGCAUGGCCUGGGUCUCCUUUCUUCUGGAGGUGAUCACUGGUCUUCUCCUACUGCUGGCUGUCAGGCUGGUGCCUUUAACCCAGUAUGAAGAGUCUGUUCCUCCCAUAUAG